AUGCUGUAUUGAUUGCAGACCGGCAUCCAUCUACCCACCUCACCUUUCAUUACACACCACUCGUCUCAUCCCCUCCGCCCAUCCAAGUCUGGCCGCCCUCACUUGCCUCUGGAGGUCCGUGUUCGUCGACCCAACUUGGCGGAAAGGAUCUCACGCUACACUUGUUUUAUGCAUCCACAUCUUCAGCUCAUAGCGAAUGGAUGAACAAUAUUCAAAUUCUGGUAGCUGCGGGGCGGAUGCAGAGGGAUUUCAUAGUGCUAACGCACCAGCCGGUCAGCAAGGUCUGCAUGCUGCUUUGGAUGAGUCAUCUUCUAGUGCUAGAAGUGGAGAUCCACCCGCCCCAACAUCACGAAUAUCUCUCAAGCAUGUUGUCAGUGUCAUUCAGACUUUCAGCGACUACAAGAAAUGGCUUGUGGAAGAAAUUGGUUUUGGAGGUGUGCUCAAGCUCCCUGAUAUUCAGAAGUUAAAUCUGAGAUGCAGUGCCUGGAUUAUGAGUAGGGUCAGUGUUAGCCGUAGAGAGAUAAGGCUGUCUGAGAGUAAGGUGCUCAAGUUCUAUGUUGAGGAUGUCUACAAGGUGUUUGGGAUCCCUUGUGGUAACCGUAGCGUCAAAGGGAGGGAUGCAAAUAUCAAUCCAUAAGCAAUCCACUUCAUCAAGUCAACCCUUGAAAUGAAUAAGACUGGAGUUCAUAGCUUGCGUGCGGCAGAAAAUUUCCUCAUGCGUGAUAUCAAUGAGAAUUCUAGCAAGCUCGAGAAAGAUUGUUUUCAAAUUGCAUUUGUCAUAUUUGUCAUGGGCCAUGUACUCGCUCCCACCACGAAGCACAACUACUCGACCAUUGAUUUCUGGGGUGCAAUAGCCAACACUGAAAUGAUACAGCAGCUCAACUGGUGUGAGUAUGUCCUCCAGUUUUUGCUCGACGCCGUUCGCAAACUUAAGAGAGAUAUGGUCAUGAACAAUCAUUCAACCAACCUCACUGGAUGUCAUUUCUUCUUUCAGGUAUUUCUGCUCGACAAUCUUGAUCUUGGUAUAUUGAAUAAGCCACACAAUGUUCUACCAAGGAUCAUUGCCUUCGACCCAGAUACACUCAACAAAAUGCUCCUCAUGGCUCACGACCCAGUUAAAGGGGCUAUGUCAUACUCGCAUGCAAACCUACGAGACCCGGCGAAUGUAUGUUACGUGCGACACAAGGUUCAUUACACCUGUCCGUCGUCUUCCAACACCAACCAAUUGCAAAGGCCAGGAACCACUCCAUGGUUUGCGAAAACCCACACGACAGAAUCCCCUCGUACUGGACUAGGUGGCCAGCAGGAGAACCUUGCGACUCCAAACACAACGCCACGUGUAGUAGGGCCUCUUGAUCUUGCCAACUUCUUGCGUCAGCAGUACCCGCACCUUGUGACUGAUGAGAUAACAAUGAUCAUGAAGCAGCAUAAUGCUAGCUCAAUUAGGCAUUUGACGGAAGCAGCCAACGCCAUCCAAGGGGUUCUAUCGCAGGCAAAAAAAUGCAUUGCAGUCCGAUAUGCUCAACUAUUCAGAGAAAAUUCUGAAAUCAAUUUCUAGCCGGUGCCUUUGUUGUCGUACGAGAGGCAUUGCCGAUUGUCAUGCAUCAGGUGUUGCAACUGGCAAGAAUGUUCGUUUUAGCACUCCUGUCGCACACAGAAUCCAGGGUCACAGGCUUGAUAUGUCUGAUGGUGAAGCGAUUUCACCGCUUAACCAGGUUGGGUCAUCAAGGAAACGUAACGCAAGCAACGAAGACUCCGCAUCUGCAAGCAAAAAAUCGUUUUUAGAAUCAUCCAUUGUGAUUAACUUCUUCAAAGACACCGUCCGCAAAGUUGCACAAAUGUAUGCUGAUCUCCUAGCGAACACAACCGUUACUGUCUUUGGCCAAACUCAGGGUAAACUACCAAAGAGGAAGUACAUUUUUCAGCAUGGUUUUGCAACCAAUCCAUGGGAGCGCGGAGUUUUACCACUGCCACCACACGCUGGAACCACAGAUAUGAUAGUUGAAUACUUCUCCAACUUACCUGAGAGUGAUCUCCAAAGGCAUUAUGUUAUCCACCACUCCCCCAGGCUUGUCCGCAUUACAGAGCUCUCUUUGUGUCAUCGGCUCAUUGGCAGUCGGAGUCUCGAUCAUGAACUUGUUUCCAUCAUGUGUAGAAGGUACACUCAGUCCGAUAUGGAAGCCAAUAGGGAAUGUCCAUACCUCAACUGGAGGUACAACAUGGAACCAGAGUUUGCGACAAUUGUGUUGUCCGACCAUGACUAUGUAAACAACAUUUUGAUUCAGAAGCAACUAGUCGGCAAGGACAUUCCUUAUGAUAUAACUUCAUCUCAGAUGUUCUUCCUGCCAGUACCCCUCGAAGCUGGUUGGGUUAUUUUGAUGUGGGACAUGAUGUCGAGGAAGACCCAUUUUUGGACCCGAAUAUCAAAGGGAAUGGCCCUGAUGAAUUCACGAAGGAUAAGCAUGAACUUAUUGCAUGGAAGCUUCACCAUGCGCUAUUCCAUUGCCUGAAUGAGUAUUAUGCAGGAUGGCCAUCCCAGGAUGGUCAGUGGCAAACGGUCUACCCUGUAGUAGCUGAAGAAACAUUCCGUAGCGAAGAAUCAGGGGCUUGUGUCCUGCAUAUAGCCCGACAGUAUGAUGGCACCAAACUCAAGAUCCCGCUCACGAAGCACAAUGUUGGCAAAACCAAAAGACAGGCACUACAUGAGUGUCUUAAACUUCAGGAAAUUCUGCUAGUGUGGCGCAUGAUGCGCUGUGGGCGGUUCUAACACCCUCAGACAGUCUCUUCAGCUCGAAUCAGUCCGCAUAGUCACUUUUAUACCUCCCAGGGGCCAUAUGAGUCAUCGUUAAUUUGCUGCCAUCAUGUAUUUUCGUUUCGUCUGUCAUGUAGCUUAAGAACAUAUACCUCCCAGGGGCCAUGCCCACUAGUAAUUUUCUAUGGAUUAUGCUAGAAUGUGUACUGUACCCUUCCCAUCACUUAUGCGCCUAUUUGCAUGGUCACUUUUAUGGAUGGCCCUUAUAUGAGAAUUGCAAAAUUUCGUCUCCAUCUCAAAGAAUAAUUUCAUCAACCUUUCAAUGCAUGCCAAUGUGUUCCUGUCUGAUGCCUCAAAUCCUAAAUGGUACUAUCAUUUUAGGCUGGCCGUGUUAUAAUAACUUUUUGUUCUCUAAUCGUGAAUUAUUUUGCUAUCACAUCUACUAAACCGCUAAAGUAUUUACUUGUUCAUAUAAGCAUAUCUUCUCAGUUGGCGACAAUGUUUAUGCUAACAAAACAUUUAAAUAUACCCAAAGUUUCCUUACACACUUGUACUAUACGCCCAAAGCUUGAGGUACAAGCUUCUUCGUUCUGAUUCGCCAUAACUAUAUACCACGGCGGAAUAAUCAUGAAGUUGCACUUACAAGCCAAUUAUUUCAUUACACAUAGACUCACAUGUUCUUCACGUACUUAGCGACCCACUUUUUUGCCACACAUGCUCCAUACGGCACGGCAAGACACCCGUCGCGAUGCAACCUCUGUGUAUUGCUUUUUCAACAUUUUUGAGAUGCUUUUUUCGACACAGACUUCAGCAUGUCUCAACACAUCAUCUAACAUGCAAAGUACUGCAUUGUCUGCUUGUACGGUCCAUAAACCAGUACUUUACAAUACCAUAGCUCACAAGUUCAUCUAGUUCUAAAUUAGGGUUUCACAUUACAGUUCCAUAGUGCAUACAAAUUAUAAUCUAGGGGGUUUGUCCAUCUGGUACCAAAUUUCAAACAUUUUCAAUCCUGGCAGUUAGUCAAAUGCAAACUAAUCGUGCCGCCAAAAGAUUUUGGUAGGCUCCACUACUAACUGCAAUUAACAUGUUUCCUUCCAAGUUCAUUCAACGACCGCUCCAUACAAGAACUCAGGGAUGUCCCCUUUGUUCCCCUUCAUCACCACUAUCUCGUAAGCUAGCUUCUUUCGCAUACCAUUUAGCUGAUCUUGUGCAAUAGAACUGACCAAUUGGAUCAAUGUUUGCAUUAAUGAACUUUUUGGACUAUGCCUACAAGACCUAGAAGAAAGGCUCCGUACCUGGUUUACGACCGAAUGUAAAUCCCGGUGAACUCCAUGAAGUAGUGCACCAUGUAUAAUCCACUGUCCUCACUGAAAGCAGGACACAAAUGUUUCAGGUCAUGCAGUUUUUUAGUUCCGCGGACUUUCCGAUUGCAUGUAAACCAAAGAGCCUACCUGCUGCACGGGUAAUGUUGUGCGAUCAGAGGGUAACGAAAAGACCAGCCACCCGUCUCAACAACGCCACCACCGCACACGUCAUUCAUAAGACAGCAAAAUCUUUGCUGGAACUUCCUAGCGAGCGAAUCAUGCUUUAUCUUCAUCUCAUCUGAUUGAUAGGUUUCUGUUGGGUCGAGUACCAUCAUCUCUUUCUGGGUUGUGUCCAGGAUGUACAUAGACCAGCAGUCCAUCAGGUGCACCGGGAACAUGAACUGAUUAUUACAUUCACAAGCAUGCAAUAGGCAACUGUCAGUACUCUUAUCACAGUAUUUUAAUUACCAUGGUCAUUGGCAUUAAUACAGUCAGUUGGAUCUUUACCUUGGUCAGCCAUUCAAUUUUGUAACCCACAACUUAGAGUCCAUCAUGAUGUAAAUGUAAUCCCAGUCCUUUUCAGCAUCUUCCUUACAGACCUCAUCCUGCAAAUAAUUUACCAUAUAUAAAGGUUAGAAUCUUCUUUUUUCUGCAUUCAAUCUUAACUGCAUCAAUUUUCUUUUCUUAAGUAUAGUUAGUACCACAAAUCUAGGAUCGAAGAGCCCUCUCCAGCGGUCCAGCCAGCCUUUGUACAUUUUGUUAUCUGUCACCACUAGUGCGCGCACUAUGCAUCGCAUGAGGUUAAACGACACACCACCACCUGGAGUGAGUUCAUCCUUAAUUUCCUGUCCAGAUGCCACUGCCAGGAUUGGAUGGAAGUGCUUCACCCAUUUCCUGUAACAUGCCACGAGUUUUCAAAUGACUUCCAGGUUCCUCGCUAACAGAUUGUCACCAUCAAUCUGUUCCUGCAUUGCAAGUGGUGGGCUUUUGUUCUCAAGAUCAUCCCAAUCAAUGUCGUCUUUCUCAUCAUUUCUUUCGACCGCUGGGUUGCCAUUGCCAUGUGCAUGAACUGGAGUUGAGGGCUCUGUUUUUCAAGUCAGAGCAGUUUGUCAAUACAGUGAUUUCAAUCCGAAUACGAAUCACUUACAUUAAUCUUCAUGAGUUUGCUGGUAACUACUCACCUCUACUGUUACCACCUAAGCCCAAUCCUGAUAGCAAAUUUGUAGCUUCCUCGAAGAUUCCUGUCGAUAGCAAUAUUAAUUACAGCCUUUGUACUUCACGCGACAGAGGAAACACACAGCUUAUGUGCUCUUAUAAUUACUUACCAUCAAACAAUUCUAGAUUGUCAACAGCUCGUUCGACCAAGUUCAGAGCUGCUAUGGCCAGGCUCCUCAGCCGUUCGGCUCUCCCAUUGUUAGCUGGCUCAUCAAUAUCGUCCGAGACAACUAGGUUCGAUUCAUGUAUCCUGAGCGACAAACCCUUCUGACUUCUUGUGUCUACAAGACCAAACAAACAGGCUUAUAAUUGUUGCAAAGUUAGGCUUCACUUGAUUUUCAUUUCCACAUAUUAACAGAUAAGAAUUACUAUAACUAAACAAAGCAUAUGGACGCUCACAUUCGAUGAGUUUUUAGCCUGUUGCUUAUUGCCGUUAGUUCAUCUGACGGAUUAUUUCCAUCCACAGCUCGACGGACCAAACCCCCUUCCGUUGAGAUCCCUUCACUGUUCAGAGCCCUCGAAAGCACACUGCUGCUGCUUCCUCCUUGCCACCCAGUGCCUCUAUACUGAAGUUUGGCCCUCACCCGGCUCAAACUACGUGGUGCUCGCACUGUCACCAACAAAAUUCGAAUGCACUUACAUAUUAGGAAAAUUUAUAAUGGAUUUGCUUAUUCGGACAUUUUAUUGAUUUACUUAUGCCUGUACGAACCUGCGAUCGGCACAUUCUCUAAACCACCUGAGAUAUGGAUGCUCCCUGGUCGGCGGUUCGUUUGUAUUGGUUCACCUGCAAUUGGAGCAAGCCCUUUGCAGUCUUCUAGCAGCUCAUUCGUGUGGGUGUACAUAGUGGUCAUCACUGUCGCUACUCGAUGAUUCAAUUUGUUCAUCCAUUUUCUCUUUUCCCUUGCCUGGAGCAUGCUCACCAGAGGUUCCACUGUCUGUAUGCUCUGCUCUCCCCGGCCUAGAUUCCCUGUCUGACAUACGCCUGACUUGAGCAGUCACAAUCUCUGGUUGAACUUGCUGCAAAGCCUCCAUCUGCGCUGCAAUGACAUAUGACGCUCAUAGAUGCUUACAUGGAUUAACCUAUAAGCCACCAGGCUGUCCAACAAUUGGAUUCCACACCUCAUCUAUGCCAUCAAGGUAGCCCACUGGUUUUGUCUGCCCAACACGAAAUCAUCGUGUCAGCAAAACAUUUUAUGUAUAAUACACAUGCGAAGGAAGAAGUGUCACGUCAUACAUACCCUGAAUUUUGUAGGGUAUUCCCUUAGUAGGUAGAUCAUCUUCUUACAUUUGUCUUCAGUGUAAACGCUUACUCGAGGGAGUACGUUUGGUUCCACAUUGUCUGCCCCGAAAUCCAGCCAAUCGAACACCCAAGGCUGUGUGAUGUCAAAGUAAUCGUUGCCAAGUUAGUGUCAACAGUUGUACAAACCAAAGUGUUAUGAAAGAUGAUGUAUUAUUUUAACUUACAAUGAUAGCCAAGUGGCAACCUGGUAAUCUUAAUGUUCGUAUCCCAGCUGCCAGAUCUUCA